CUGCUGCUGUCGGAGAAGAACCUGAUGGUGCGCGAGGAGGCGUGCCGCCUGGGGCUCUUCUUCGGGGGCUUCUCCGGCCUCUACCACGCCACGCGCUGCCUGCUGCGCCGCUGCCGUGACUGCGACACACCUGCCAACGCGACCAUAGCGGGGGCGGUGUCAGGGCUGUCCGUGCUGGCGCUCGACGACCCCAACAAGCGCCGCUCCCUCGCCCUCUACCUGCUUGCCAGACUCGCCCAGUGCGCGUGUGCAUCCAAGUCCAAGUGGGCGCGAGCGCUGCAGAGGCACCCGCUGAGGGGGUAUGGCAGCACGGUGCUGUUUGUGUUUGCGUCGGCGCAGAUCAUGUACGCCUAUGUCAUGCGCCCUGAGACCCUGCCCUCCUCCUACUGGGACUUCAUCUCCCGCACCGGCCCCAUCCCCACUCCCGUGCUCGAGGCGGUGAGGCGCAGCUGCAGGGGCAUGCCUAUGAACACACUGGCGCUCACAGCACUGCUGCGCGGGCGCACGGGGCAGGUGGCGCCGCUGGGCAUGGGGCCCGUGCCCGCGCUCGUGCCCUGCACCAUGCUGCACCCCGACUGCUCCUCCUGCCCGCGCGCCCAGCUCGGUGCUGCCAGAAACGCCUUCCGCAAGACGUUUCCGCUGUACCUGUCGCUCACCUUCGUGCCCUUUGUCGUGCUCAACCUGCGCAAGUUCAUGCAGUCGCCCCUGCGCACGGUGUGGCUGGCCACAUCGUCUGCCCUGCGCUCCACCUCCUUCAUCGCUGUCUUCGUCGGCGUCUACCAGGCAUGUGCGUGCACGCAUCGCAAGUUUGUCCUCAAGGACCACAAGCUCUUCUACUGGCUCGCCGGAGCGGUGGCGGGGCUGUCAGUGCUGAUAGAGAAGGAGUCGCGGCGGGCGGAGCUGACGCUGUACGUGCUGCCACGCGCCCUCGACUCCCUCCUCUACAUCCUCGUCAACCGCCACAUCCUCCCCGACAUCAAACUCGCCGAGGUGGUGCUGUUCUGUGCGUGCAUGGGUGGGCUCAUGUACUUCCAUGACACGGACCCCACAGCCAUGGCGCCCUUUGUGCGUGGCAUCCUCAACCGCUUCCUGCACCACUCCUCUCCUCCCCCACCCACCGACGCCCCCUCCUCCCUGCCCUCUCCCUCCACCGCCGCCCUGCCGCCUCCCUCCACCGUUCCUGCUCCAGCACCCGUGUCCUCCCACCCCACGGCACAAAUCGCCUCCUCUUCCUCUGCCGCCGCCUCCCCUGCACUGAGCCGCCUGCGCGUGGCAUCCACGUCUCCCCGGGCUGCGCAGGCGGGCAGCACAGCAGCAGGUGCGGGUGGGGCGGGGGGCGGUGGCGGUGUGGCAGGGGAUGGGCAGGGAGGGGAGUCGCCGCGUAGCCCUGUGACCAUGAGCCCCACCAUCACUGCCAAGAAGCUGGAAGCCGCCUUCCAAGGGCUCUGA